CGCGUAAAAAAGCACGUCUUCUUCUUCUCCAUGGUUCUGAAAGGAACAUUUCUACUGUCGACAAGCAAACCCCUUCUUUCUUUAGUUCUUUAUACCGCCAAUCCAAAUCCCAUUGUCUUUGUUCUUUACUGUCUCUCCUUCUCCCUAGCUCUGUUGCAUAGCCAAAACGAGAAGAGGAAGAAGAUGUUUACGGCCAUAGUUUUACUGUCAAUUCUCUUCAUAGCCAGUCUUGUGUAUACUGUAUUGAAUUCUCGAACCAAGAAGCCUAUCGUCCCAUGGCUAAAGUCCCUUUUCACAAACCCAACUUCACAAGAUGUUGCCAGCAGGAAGCCAGCGGGAGCCAUGGAAACAGAGGAAGCGAAGAGAACUAGCGGAAGCGGAAACACCCAGAAAAACAAGGGCGAGCUGAAGGGCGUCUUCGCGACGUUCGACAAGGACAGGGACGGCUUCAUAACGAAGAAGGAGCUGCGAGACUCAUUCAAGAACAUUGGCAUGAGCAUGACAGAGGAGGAGGUGGAGGAAAUGGUGGAGAGGGUGGAUGCGAAUAAGGAUGGGUUGAUUGAUCUGGAGGAGUUCUACGAGCUGGUCGGGGCGGAGGCUGCGGAAGGGGAGGGCGGCGGCGGGGAGGCGGAGCUGAAGGAGGCGUUUGGCGUGUUUGACGGGGAUGGGGAUGGGCUGAUAACGGUGGAGGAGUUGAGAAUGGUGUUGGGUGCGCUUGGGUUGAAGGAAGGGGGAAGAUUGGAGAGUUGCAGAGAGAUGAUAAGGAAGGUUGAUGCCGAUGGAGAUGGCAUGGUUAAUUUUGAGGAGUUCAAGAAGAUGAUGAAGGCUGUGCCGGGCCUUUCUGCAAUUUCUUGAAUAAUUCAGUCUGAAUGGAGGAGGAGGAGGAGGAGGAGGCCAAAUUCAUUGAUUGAGUUGAUAGUCUAAAAUGGCCCCCCAAAAAAAUGUCUUUUUGAGUUGAUUUUUAACAAUCAGCUGAAAUACAAAAGACAUUUUAGUUAUUUUUGACUUAUCAUCGAUGAAUGAACUCCACUUCUCUGUUCGGACUGAGUAUCCUUCUUGUUCAUGAACGUUGUUGAUUUGUCAACUUUGGGGCAGGCAGGUUGGGCACUUUCGCCACCUCUUGUUCCUUUUCUUGUCUUUGGUCUUUGCUUUUGGGUGGAAAUUUAAGGGCAAGUUGAUGGGAUGUACAUCAAAAAAAAUGUUCAUAGUCUUAAUUAAUUUAUUUAUAGUUUCCAGCUUCUAACUGCUA